CUCGAGAUGUAUGAUUUUCAAGGAUAAAAUGACGUCCACCCAUGGUGCUGGUGCUUGGCGAUUGCUUCAAACGUAUUCAAUCGGCAUAGUCCCUUGAACUCCAUAAGUCGAGACCCAUGAGAUUGAGGCGUCUUACAUGCUAUGGGCUGAAUGAUGUAGUUGAGCCGCUCCCGUGUCCGGUUCAUACGCUUAUACGACAUUGAUUUUUCGAGUCGUUGACAUUUUGACACUUGACAUAACCAUGCCAUGAUCAUGGUCCUUAUCAGUGCUAACGGACUGAAUCCCCAUGGUGGAGUUACCUCAAUGGCGAAAUCGGGGAUAGCGGAUAGCCCAAAGGGAAUAACCCCCAUUAUUUUCGCCGGGAAUAAGAGCAUUGCGUGCUCGAGGGUCGUAUCCGUCGUAACCUUAUCAAAAUAUUAUUUUGGUUAGGGUUUGGAAUGUCAAAAUCUAGUUCUCUAGAAUUUAUGAUCUGAAGAUAGUGAUCAUCAUUCAAGUUAGGAACUAGAUAGUAUUUCGCCAAGAGCAUCGGCUAUGGUGCUUGCGUAAGAACAAACUUGGAGGCGACAAUGGAUGUGUCUCCUGUAGUACGUGAGGACGCCGAAACUAAGAAACGUCCGACAACGCUCCGGAUAGCCAACCGAGUCCUGGGUUUCAUUGGGAAUAAUUGGCUAGUAUUGGGAUUUGGUCUGGCUUGUGUUCUAGGAUACUUCUUUCCUCAUGUUGCGGCUCGCGGUGGUAUCAUCCGAUCAGAAUAUUCGAUUCUAUAUGGAGGCAUUGGCUUGAUAUUCUUCAUCAAUGGGAUGCAACUAAGUCCGGAGAAGCUCAAAGAACAUGUAAAAAAUUGGCGCCUACACAUUGUCGUACAGGGAAUAAGCCUUGUUCUCAUACCCGUUAUUCAACUUGUCAUAAUUCGAAUAGUAAUCGCUGCUGGCGGAGUGAGCUCAGGAACAAUUGACGCCAGUAUCCUCGUAGGAAUGGUCGUGGUUAGUUGCAUCCCGACCACAAUUGCUUCUAAUGUGGUAAUGACGAGGAAUGCGGGCGGUGAUGAAGCCGCUGCUAUUAUCGAAGUAGUGAUUGGCAAUGUGGUCGGGUCUUUUCUCUCCCCAUGGUUAAUAUACGGAUUUUUGCCUAACGAUGAAGAAUUCGACUCGCUUAGACCGGCGAAGGCAAAUACCCUUGGGCCAAUGUAUGCAAAUGUAAUGCAGCAGCUGGGCCUCAGCGUUCUACUUCCGCUGGUAGUCGGCCAGGUCCUGCGAUGGACGUACCCGAAACAAGUUUCCUGGACAUUGAAAACGUUUUAUCUAGCACAGUUUUGCUCCGUAUUGCUGAUGCUGGUGGCUUGGUCGACUUUCUCGGGGGCGUUCCAAACGGGUGCGCUCACUGCUCUACCUAAAUCAUCCGUGAUCUUCAAUGUGCUUUUGAACGUAGCAGAGUACAUAUUGUUUACUGCAAUUUGUUAUUGGAUAGCAUCGCCACCGGGCGUUCUGAUUAGGCCAAUCAAUGGCUACGUUGCUGAUUCGUGGCUUGGUCUACAUGUGCCCGGAGUUAUAAGAAGAGCCGUGACAUUGAAAAAGAUGCCUAAGGAACUCGUCGUUGCUGUCUGUUUCUGCGGGGCUGCGAAGACCACAAGCGUGGGAAUCCCAUUAGUUGCCGCGAUGUGGGCUCAACUCGACAAUUUCACUAUAUCAUCCAUCCAAGUUCCGGUGUUGCUAUACACAGUGGAACAAGUAUUUGUAGCACAGUUCUUCACCAUAUUCUUUAGGUGGUGGCUACACCGAACCGAAAAAGGAAUGCUGGAUGCUGAGUCCACCACGACUAGGGAGCAAGAAGACGCCUCACAUGAGCAGGGGGUUAACACUGAGCUGGAUGGCGGCGGAGAGCGGGAGGUUCAAGCCGAGUUAUCCAAUGCGGGCGUGUUGCGUGAGAAGAAACAUGUAUCAUGAUAUGACAAUCUGUUCUUUUAAGCGUUAACCGAAAGAGUAAGAUUAGUCGCUAAUUUGUCUUGCAGACACGAAAUAGAUAAUAUGGUUGAUACUGAUCAUGUCCAUUGUAAUUACACUGUUGUCUAGG